AUGGAUGUUUCUGCUGCUGGUGGUGGAGCUUUUGACGAAUUAUCUGCCAACUCAGAAAUGGCCGUGUUUCUGAACUGCUCUGUGCUGUUCGAGCUCAAAACUUUGCCUUUUAAAGAGAAGGUGAAGAUGAAGCUGGCAGUGACUGAAAAUGGAGGAAGCAUGUCGUUUGUGGCCAAUAAACAGUGCUCUCUGGUGGUGACCAGCGGUGUGUCCAGUCUGAGUCCCGGUAGACUGCGUAACAUUGUGAAGUACCAGAUCCCUGUGGUGGGACUGGACUAUGUUCGCCGCUGCUUGGAGGCGAACUGUCGGCUUCCAGUGGAGGACUUUCAGUUGGACAUUUCCUCUUCUGCUAAUGCACAUCCUGUUGUGCACAAAGACAAAUGGACUAAAGACAAUUGGACCAAAGCCACUUCUAAAACGCCCCAAAACCUGCUCGUUCCCCUGGAGCCUGUUCGUGUCUCACUGAGGGACGAGUCUCCAAAGCACAGAGAAAGUGUUCAUAAAGAUGAAGAUUGCAGAGAUAACUCUAAAAUGGACCAUGGCCUGUCCGACUUUCCAGAAAACUUUGAAGUGGCUAAAUAUGCCAUUUUUCAAAAGCAAAACAGUAAUUCUUGGUGUUUGCUGGAGCUCCAAAGUGCCAAAACUGAGAAUGCAAGGCGGUACUCUGUGGUUAAGAACUGGAAGGAAAACAUUCAGUCCAAGAAGGCUGCAGUGAGAGACCAAGUGUGUGUGUCCACAUCAGAAGAGGCCCUGAAGGAGUUUGAGGACCUGAUAGAAACCAUGAAGGAGCGGGGCCUGGAGGAGCAGAAGGAGGCCCCGCCCACGGUCACUGAGAUGGGCUCCGCUCCUCUGCAGCAGCUGCUGCUGGAGGAGAGACUGACCAGUGCGGUGCUGUCUCCAGCCGUGGGGGUGUUUGUGGAGCUGCUGUGGCGAGAGGCUCUGGGCUGCGUGGACCACAUCCUCCGCUCUCCCGUCUCCAAGAUCAGUCUGAACGAUGUGACCAGAGCAGAAGGACUUUUACACCAGGUCCAAAGAAAACUACAAGAAAACAAAAUGGAGGAGAUGCUUUCUCUCUGGUCUGAGUACGUCACUCUUCUUCCUCCUCGGGUUCCUGUCAGUCCAAACACGGCAUCCAUCUCCCAACAAUUCAACCUCUGCCAGGUCAUUAGGGACAUUUUAAACGUCAGUGAAAUGACUUUAGGAAGCGCAGCACCGUCCAGCGUUGGUAAAUACCGCGCCCUCAGGUGUGGCAUUCAAGCUGUCUCUCCAGAAAGCUCAGAGUUUGAAGAAGUUACCAAUUUACUUCCAAACAGUAACGUGAAAGUUCAUCAGGUUUUGCGAGUGGACAGAGCGUCUGAGCUUCAAAACUUUAGAAGGGAACUUGGAAACAUCAAAGCGCUCCUACAUUCAUCCAGUCCUCACAACUUUGUGGGAAUCCUCUCUCGUGGCCUCCUUCUGCCUCACGUGGCCGUGGACCAGCACGGCGUACAAAGAACUGAUGCCGGUGACCUUGGCGGUGGAAUCUACUUCAGUGACGACAUCAAAACGUCUGUGAAAUACUCCCAGUGCAGCUCCAGCGACGGGUCUCGCCUGAUGUUGGUUUGUGACGUGGCUUUGGGCCGAUGUUUGGACCUGUUCCAGAAAGACCCGACUCUGACUGAGGCUCCGCAGGGACAUGACAGUGUCCAUGGGGUCCAGGGAAGACCCGGCCUCCAGUCCCAGUUCAAGGACGAUGAGUAUGUGGUGUACAGCGCUGAUCAGGUCAGACUGAAGUAUGUGGUGAAGUUCAGCCUGGAGGGAGAAGAAACCAAAGCACUCACCCCUGACAUCCUUCAGCCCGAGCAGCCACAGCUGCCCUCGCCUGACUACGGGGUGGGUGCAAUUGAGGAGGACCUAAGUGACAUAGAAAAUCCUCUUGAAAAUGUCACGGCUGGACUUUUGGACCGUUCUGGACGACAGAUUCCACUGCAGGCUGUUCAUGUCAAGUGCAAACUGAUGGACUUACUUUCUCAGGUCAUCAUUUUUCAGAAAUACACCAAUGGGAGCUCCAUGCCCAUAGAGGCCAAGUAUGUGUUUCCUCUGGAUGACCUCGCAACAGUGACUGGAUUUGAAGCUUUCAUCAACGGCAAACAUGUGGUGGGACAGGUAAAAGAAAAGGAAACGGCCCGGAGAGAAUACAAGCAGGCUGUAGAGAAAGGCCACGGGGCCUACCUGAUGGACCAGGACGCUCCUGACGUGUUUACUAUAAGUGUGGGGAAUCUUCCUCCUGCAGCCACCGUCCUGAUCAAAGUGACCUUUGUGUCUGAGCUGCUCAUCAGAGACGGCAGCGUGGUCUUCUCUCUGCCCGGCAGUGUGGCCCCGUGGCAGCAGAGUGCCGCCCUGAACCAGACCACACAGGUAACUGUAGAAAAGCUCUGUGUCACUGAUGAAGAAGCAAACUCCAGAGAAUUUAAUCUGGACAUGUCAGUGGAAAUGCCUCAUGAAAUCACUGAAGUCAAAUGCAUCACUCAUAAAGUGAAAGUUAAGAAAACUGCCUGUAAGGCGGUGCUGAGUGUGCUGCCUGGAGAAGUCAUGGGACCAGAUGGAUUUCAGGUCCAGGUCUCUGUCUCUGAGGUCCAUGUUCCGAGGAUGUGGGUCGAGAAUCACCCCAGCAAAGAAAGCCAGGCUUGCAUGCUGGUGUUCUACCCAAAGAUAGAGAGCGCCUCCAGCAGCAGCUCAGAUGAAGUGGUGCUGUUGCUGGACGCCUCUGAGUCCAUGAGGGAGUCCCUGAACACAUCACGGACGCUCGCUCUGGAGAUCCUCAAAACCCUCCCGCAAAAUGUCAAAGUCAAUGUCAUUUUCUUUGCCACCGAUCACACAGAGGCCUUCCUUUCUGCCAGGCCGAUUGGAAAAGCUCGCCAGGAAGCAAAGAACUUCAUUAAGCACUCCUCAUCAGUAGGGGGCAGCACUGAGCUGUGGCGGCCCCUGCGGGUCCUGAGCCUGCUGCCUCCCUCUAGUGGCACCAGAAACCUGCUGCUGCUGUCGGACGGUCACAUCCAGAACCCAGAGCUCACUCUGCAGCUGCUCCGACAGACGGACUCGCACUCUCGCCUCUUCACCUGCGGACUGAGCACCACCGCUAACCGGCACAUGCUCCGGGCUCUGGCUCACGCUGGAGGAGGAGCCUAUGAGUUCUUUGACCAUAAAUCCAAACAUACCUGGUCUGAAAAGGUGGCGUCUCAAGUGAAGCGGAUGUUGGCUCCGGGGGCGAGGUCUGUGUCUGUGAAGUGGCAACAGUUUAACUCAACAGCGCCCCCUAUACAGGCCCCAAAGCAGAUCCACUCCCUGUUUAACGACUGCCACACGCUGGUCUUUGGCUUUGUGCCUCACUGCACUCAGGCGACUCUUUUUGGAAAACUCAGUGAAGAGGAGAUAAACACGAUGGUGUCGACGAGUGAGCUUCAGAAAACCAGGGGCACAUUUCUUCACAAACUCACAGCAAGAGCCAUAAUUAGGGAUUUUGAAGAUGGAAGCCUCGACUCAAAUGCAGUUCUUCAUGAGGAAAAGAAAGCUGAGCUGAAGUCCUUAAUCAUCACGUUAAGCAAAGAGUUCUCCAUCCUUUCUCAGUUCACCAGCUUUGUGGCCAUAGAGGAAAGGGACUCUGAAGAAGAGCGAGGGUCCACAGACGUCCCCAAACUCAUUUCUGAAGAAGAUGUGGAUUUCUUGCCGUACAUGAGAUGGGAGGAGGAGGAAAAAGAACUAACUGUUGGAGCAAAUGUCAGUUUUGCAGCGGACUGUGAGGAAGACGUUGAGGAAAACUUGGAGGAAGACUUGGAGGAAGACUUGGAGGAAGACUUGGAGGAAGACUUGGAGGAAGACGAGUGGAUUAUGGACAAUGAAAGUCUGAAGUCUAAGAAGAAAUGUAAGAAAGUGUUUGGGGAAUUACAUGAAGAAGUCUAUGAAUGUAUGGACAUGUCUCUUGAGAUUGAAGAAAAUGUGGAAGCGACUGAAGAAAGUCAAAGUCUCGCUGAUCCCGACUCCACAUCAUCUGAGUCCGAGGAAGACUCAGAAGCUACUCGAGAAAGACUUCAGCCCUAUGGCUCUGAGAUCAUCAGUGCCAUAUUUUGGGUUAAAGAGACAAACCUCUGA